UCUCAGCACCUGUCAACAGGAACAUGACAUGACAAAGAACACACUUCUUUAAGAUAGGGAAGGAGAAUGGUGAUGGAUCAUAGCAGCAAAGAAAUAAAACAAAAUUCAUUAUUACUGCCAUCUGGUGGCCUUCUGCAUUUGUGCAGUCCCAAAUGGAUAAUUAGGGAAGCAGUGCUUAAUAGGAUAGAAAGGAUUACGAUAAGAUGAUAUAAGAUAGACAGACAGACCUUUAUUGUCAUUUUUUUACUGUGGGCACAAUGGCACACAUUAAAAAUGAAAUUUAGUUGCUUGCUCUCAAAGUGUACACAUAAGAGAACCCACUGGGAGACCACCUCAGAUUGAUUCCAUACAGACAGCACCAAGCAUCUCUAAUAAAAACAGAGCACCUUAAUUGCUUUUGCAGAAAACAAAAUACAAGAAUGGAAUAAAAUUGAAGGCGAUAAUAUCUAGACAACUCUCCCAAUACAGAGAAACACACUAGGUGUGUAUGACAGGAUGAUAGCAUUAUACAACUCUAAUUAAAAAAACGCCACCAAUCUUAUCUGGUCAUUCUUUAAUUUUGAAUGGCCUCUAUUUACGAACAUUUAAAUGACAACUUUUUUUAAAAAAAAAAGUCGACAGUCUUGAUCUGAAGAAUACUCAAUAGUUUUUUUUUGUUUUUUUUACAGAGCGUCCCACAUCGACUCCGUGACAGCUGUUUAACCACGUUUUCCCAUUCAGGCCGACGGUUCAUAAAAGAGGAAAGAAGCAAAGGAGUGGAGAUUCCCACUCGCACCCGCUCUCUCUCACACACAAGACACACACACAUCGAGGGCAGGCUGACAGACGGUAUAAUCCAAAUAACGUCCACUUUUCCCAAUUAGUUAAUUCGAGACAUUCAUCCGGUAUAGCCAAACCUAUCCAACGGGCACAUCCUCGAGUUCGUCUGCACUACAGCAACGGCUUCCAGAGAAGCAGAGCUCUGUUUCCAUCUUACAGGAGAAACAACCAAUGGUCCAGCCUCACAAAAACGAGCGCGGUCAGAUGGACGCUGCAAAACCCGGACGAUCCCCAGAUGGCAGCGAAGAGCAAGCGAGCUCUCGCCUCGUCCUUCGCAUCCGAGCCCUCUUUCUCCCCCGUCCGCUUCCUCCACCGCGGGCCCCUGUUGUCCUUCUCCCGCUGCCCCGGCGCUGCAAUCCUCAUCCUUUCAUUGGCUACCAUGCCGAGGAGCACCGGCUCCAGCUUUUUGCCUAUUGGCUGAGGUGCCUCUGCAGGACGGUGAGGAGUGGAGGGGCCGCUCGCCGUGUCAUUCGGGCGGCGCAAGCGCAUUGGCCUCCCUUAUUGUUAACAAUUGUAGCAGAGCCGACGGUUACAUUGUAGCUGUGAACGCCCCCUCCGGCUUUUCUGCCUCCCUCGGAGCGACGCCUUCCAGCCUUGUCGAGUUCAUCGCGGGCGGCGGUGGCGGAAGCAGCAUGCCGAUCAACAGAUCUGAAAAGCCAGACAAACCUGAUAAUUCCGAUAAUGUCAAAGUUGUGGUUCGUUGCCGGCCACUCAAUGAGCGGGAGAAGGCGAUGUGUUAUAAAAUGGCUGUCAAUGUUGAUGAAAUGAGAGGCACUAUUACUGUGCAUAAAACAGAUUCUUCCAAUGAACCUCCCAAGACGUUUACUUUUGAUACUGUAUUUGGGCCAGAGAGCAAGCAACUUGAUGUCUAUAACUUGACUGCAAGGCCAAUUAUCGAUUCUGUUCUGGAAGGUUACAAUGGUACCAUUUUUGCUUAUGGACAGACUGGAACAGGAAAGACUUUUACUAUGGAAGGUGUCCGGGCUGUACCAGAACUCAGAGGAAUCAUUCCCAAUUCCUUUGCUCAUGUAUUUGGACACAUUGCAAAGGCUGAAGGAGAUACAAGGUUUUUGGUUCGAGUCUCUUACUUAGAAAUCUACAAUGAGGAAGUACGUGACCUCUUGGGAAAGGACCAGACACAGAGGCUUGAGGUUAAAGAACGACCCGAUGUAGGAGUCUAUAUUAAAGAUCUUUCAGCCUAUGUUGUAAACAAUGCAGAUGACAUGGAUAGAAUUAUGACUCUUGGCCAUAAAAACCGUUCUGUUGGUGCCACUAAUAUGAAUGAGCACAGCUCCCGUUCCCAUGCUAUUUUCACAAUCACAAUUGAGUGCAGUGAGAAGGGUGUGGAUGGGAAUAUACAUGUCCGUAUGGGCAAGCUACAUCUAGUGGAUCUUGCAGGUUCAGAAAGGCAAACAAAAACCGGAGCUACUGGGCAACGACUGAAAGAAGCAACAAAAAUUAAUCUUUCUCUCUCCACCCUUGGGAAUGUCAUCUCGGCGCUGGUUGAUGGAAAGAGCACUCAUGUGCCUUACCGUAAUUCUAAACUGACUCGACUACUCCAGGAUUCUCUUGGUGGCAACUCCAAAACUAUGAUGUGUGCAAACAUUGGCCCAGCAGACUACAAUUAUGAUGAGACCAUCAGCACUCUGCGAUAUGCUAACCGUGCUAAGAAUAUCAAGAAUAAGGCUAGAAUUAACGAAGAUCCAAAGGAUGCCUUACUUCGCCAAUUUCAAAAAGAAAUUGAAGAACUUAAGAAAAAGUUGGAAGAAGGGGAAGAAAUCUCUGGUUCCGAAACCAGUGGCUCUGAAGAGGAUGAUGAAGAGGAUGACGGAGAAAUUGGUGAAGAUGGAGAAAAACGAAAGAAACGAAGAGGCAGUAGCAGCAGCAGUAGUUCAGAGUCUCCAUGCUCUGUCAUAGAAAAACCUCUGGAUAAAACCUUCACUAAUCAAGCAGGAAAAAAGAAAGUUUCUCCUGACAAGAUGUUAGAGAUGCAGGCCAAAAUUGAUGAAGAAAGGAAAGCACUUGAGACGAAGCUUGAUAUGGAAGAGGAAGAAAGGAACAAAGCCCGGGCAGAACUUGAAAAAAGGGAGAAAGAUUUGCUUAAAGCACAGCAAGAACAUCAGUCACUAUUAGAGAAGUUGUCAGCUUUGGAAAAAAAAGUGAUUGUGGGAGGUGUGGAUUUGUUGGCUAAAGCUGAGGAGCAAGAGAAACUUCUGGAAGAAUCUAACAUGGAGUUGGAGGAACGAAGGAAAAGAGCAGAGCAACUCCGAAAAGAGCUGGAGGAGAAAGAGCAAGAGCGUUUGGACAUUGAAGAAAAAUAUACCAGUCUGCAAGAGGAAGCUCAAGGGAAGACUAAGAAGCUGAAAAAAGUGUGGACCAUGCUAAUGGCAGCCAAGUCAGAGAUGGCAGAUCUGCAACAAGAGCAUCAAAGAGAAAUUGAAGGUUUACUGGAGAACAUUCGACAGCUCAGCCGAGAGCUUCGUCUUCAAAUGCUUAUAAUUGACAACUUUAUACCUCAGGAUUACCAGGAAAUGAUUGAGAACUAUGUUCACUGGAAUGAAGACAUUGGAGAAUGGCAGCUGAAAUGUGUGGCAUAUACCGGAAAUAACAUGAGAAAACAGACUCCAGUGGCAGAUAAGAAAGAAAAAGAUCCCUUUGAGGUGGACCUUUCCCAUGUAUAUCUAGCUUACACUGAAGAGAGCUUGAGACAGUCUUUGAUGAAACUAGAAAGACCAAGAACAUCAAAAGGAAGAUCAAGGCCCAAAACUGGCAGAAGGAAACGCUCUGCAAAAUCAGGAGCUGUGAUUGAUUCGCUGCUUCAAUAGGCCAAAACAGUUUUAGAUUUUAGUAAAGAAAAUGCUUGUGAGGCUUAACACCUGGCCCAAUAUUAUCAGCCUGCGGUUGUUUCCCAAGACCAUAAGAAAACAGUUUUGCUUACUGUUGGGUUACUCUUACAUCUUCUGUUAUGCUAAUGUAUUAAUUCAAAUUCAACAGUGUGGGGAAACUUGUCAUUGUUAUGAAUUCCACUAGGCAUUGUGCAAAAGCAGCUGUUGGGGAUAUCUUUGUGUUUUAGAUUGGUAUGUAUUCAGUGGAAAAGAUGGUAUAUGUGUCUAAAUUUUAAACAUAUUAGCCAUAUUAUAAGUAAACAAACAGAUUUCUAUAGCCUGACAUAUACCUUUUCUUUGUCUGUUGCCAUUUGCUAUAGACAUUACUCCCCGUUUGCACUGCUACAGAUUUCUGUUUUUUUACAUACAAAUAGUAGUUAACCGUUGUUAUAAAAUCUGGAAAUUCUUCAUGCCUUUUGGGCAUCUUCUACCAUAUCUGUAGGAGAAUUUCCACUUUUCUUUAGCAUAUAUGAAAAGAUGGACUGUUAUAAAAUAGUGGUGUUGGUUUUCUCUUGGGUGGAUGGCGGAAAUAAAGGAAUCCUUGAGAUUUCCAUUGUGGCAAGUAACACAGUCUAUUUCAAAUAUGGAUGUUUGAUUUAGAAGAAGAAGCUCACAGAGAUAAUUUUAAAGGCAAUGUGACUCUAAAGGAACAUGCUUUUUCAUUUAUAACACUAACAUUUGAAGAGAGUAAUAGAGUUUAGGAAAUAACUUUGGUGUUGCACAAACAUUUCUGUGGAGGAACACUGCAGAUUCAGAAUGACAACAGUUAAACCAAGGGAUGCUGUAUUUACUGAGCACUGAGGCACUGGCAUGCAGUAGUGUUGGGAAUUUAAUGUGUUUUUAUCUGCUCUUCCUAGAUCAGACCUCAAUAACAUAAAGUUCAUAGGAGCCCUAUUCCCGUGACGCUAUUAAGUGGCGCCCACAGAAUGCCCAAAUUAAACACAAAAGCCUUAAAUUGUGAUGGAAAUCUUGGAAAUUUGGUUCACAUUUGCAGGCUUUUUCUCAGGAGCGAUUUUAAUGAUGUUGAUGCUAAUGUCAUUACAAUUCAACAAGGGUUUUAAGAACUGAAGCAUCAUACUUUUUCAUCAUUCAGCAUAUUUGGUUGAUCCCAACUAGUUUCAAUCCAAUAUUUUAUUUAUGAAGAUACGCUGCUACUAUCCACAAAUGUAUUUUAUUUACAUUUUUAUGUCACAUUGAGAGUCCCGAGACACCUAUUACUUGUAUAUAUUUGAAAAGUUAAUUUUAAUCUGACAUACUGUGAUUUGCAUUUUAAAAGCUAUGAUAGUAAAUGCUCUGAACAAAAAGAAUUUAGAUUUGGUAACAGGAUUUUCAGUAGCUGUUAUUGAUUCUUAUAGAUUGCACCUGAUUGCUAUAGUUGAUCUCUGCUUUUUUAAUCUCAGUUGAACUUAUCUCAGUGUCAACAAAGGCACAAUUGAUGAUGCAUAUGGAGCAAAGGGUGGGUACAGGAAAAAGAAUGAACAUGAGGGAAAAAUAACAGCCUUCUAAAAGACAAGCUAUUCACUUUUGAACACCACAACACAAAGUUUACUUAGGCAAUAUAAGUACAUAGCUGGUAGCUUACUAGAUUUAAAACCAAAAUAUCCUAGUUCUUUUCAAAAGCAACAUUCUAGAUUUGGCACAGAGUUAGGAAUGGUGUUUACCGUGGCAAGGGGAAAGAAUAAUGUAAUGGUGCUUCCAUGGAUGCGGGGAAGUAGUGACCUGCUGGAUGAUGUUGAACACCUGUUCCUAGGAUAUUCAGUGACCCUGGAUUAUGGGGACUAUCAGUAAGCAUGGAAGGGGCUCUGGCUUUUCUUGGCAAAAGAAGAGCAUGGCAUCACAGGUAAAAUACUUUGCAGCUUUCCAGGUGCAGCAUCUGCCCUCACUUGUUUACAGAUGAGGUCUGUGCAAAGUCUUUGCAAGAGGUGAGUCUGGAUUGUUAACACAGCCUUUGUUCUAGAGUCAGGCUACUGAUGAAGCUCCUCUUACGCUUCUUUACUUCCUUUUCUUCAUAGCAUACUGAAGCAGCUUCAUGGGAUGCAGGAGGGAGUUAGCUGAAGGUGGCUUUCAAGGCAUCGCAAAAUUUUGAAAAUGUCUCAUCUUGCCUUAACAAUUCAAAAAGAGACAAUCUGUGUUGUGGAUCGCCACUUGCAAAGGCUUUGCACAGCCCUGUCAAAAAUCAGAAUUCAAGAGACUCAUAUUUAAUUAGUCAAGUUGGGCUAAAGCUUUUAUUUGUCCUGUUGGUUUUUUUUUUCUGUUGCAACAUUUAAAGUCAUUUGUAUGUAUAGUGUUUCCCUUUAUGUUUUUAAAUUCUUAUCUAGUUCUUGCAUUCCAAGCUGAGCAGGAAAAAUGGCACAGUCUCGUUGCAGUUAGUUUCCUUUCCAGUUUAAAUUAAUACCAAUUGAUUACUGUUUCUUGCAACUAGUACUGCGUAUAUUAGGAAAAAAAGAUGUACAAUUUGUCCUUAUUUAUUGUUUUGCUAACUUCUUUAACACUUCAAGGUUGUAGUUUUGUUGUAUUUAAGAUGUGUUCUUGUUAAUGUAUAUACUAGUAAAAUAUAUUGACAAUUAAACAUAUUGGUGCCAAGAAAUAAACAUCUUGGAUCCCCCUAUA